AGGAGCCCCUCGGAACGGGAAGGAAAAUACAUUGUGGACCGCGGCCCCGCGCCUUUUAGAGGUGGCAUUUCUUGUGGGAAGACCAGGCCGACCUGCUGGGUGUCCCCGGGAAGACAUCGUCCCGGAGGUGACCGCCCCCUCAGCCGUCCGCGCAUGCGCAGAUCGUGAAGCAGGGUUCCUUGCCUCCAGGGAAUGAAGGAUGGCAGCACGCCGUGCAUUAAAAGCUGUUUUGGUAGAUCUCAAUGGCACACUUCACGUUGAAGAUGCAGCUGUGCCAGGCGCACAGGAAGCUCUUAAAAGAUUACGUGGUUCUUCAGUAGUGGUUAGGUUUGUGACCAAUACAACCAAAGAAAGCAAACAAAAUCUACUAGAAAGACUGAAAAAACUAGAAUUUGAUAUCUCUGAAGAUGAAAUAUUCACAUCUCUGACUGCAGCCAGAAGUUUAGUAGAGCAGAAACAAGUCAGGCCCAUGCUGCUGAUUGAUGAUCGAGCACUACCUGAUUUCAAAGGAAUACAUACAAAUGAUCCUAAUGCUGUGGUUAUAGGAUUGGCACCUGAACAUUUUCAUUAUCAAAUUCUGAAUCAAGCAUUCCGGUUACUUCUGGAUGGGGCACCUCUGAUUGCAAUCCACAAAGCCAGGUAUUACAAAAGGAAAGAUGGCUUAGCCUUGGGGCCUGGACCAUUUGUGACUGCUCUAGAGUACGCCACAGACACCAAAGCCAUAGUAGUGGGAAAGCCAGAGAAGACGUUCUUUCUGGAAGCAUUGCGGGGUACUGGCUGUGAACCUGAGGAAGCUGUCAUGAUAGGAGAUGAUUGCAGGGAUGAUGUUGGUGGGGCUCAGACCGUCGGCAUGCUGGGCAUCUUAGUAAAAACUGGAAAAUACAGAGCAGCAGAUGAAGAAAAAAUUAACCCAUCUCCCUACCUGACUUGUGAGAGCUUCCCUCAUGCAGUGGACCACAUUCUGCAGCAUCUGCUGUGAACCAUGGUGUGGAUAUGAAGGAACCUGAAACUCAGAUCCAUUGUCUGGAGUGGAUCCUUUCCCGUCUUAGUGCAGCACCAGUGGAUAUACAACAUUCAUCCUGAUAGUGUGUUAACCCUCUUUUAUUGUGCAUUAAUUAGAAAGUACAGUAUUGAGUUGCAGCCAGCCACUAAGCCUUGCUAAUCCCUUUUGUUUUGCUUUGUUAAAGAAGAUGGGACCCAAAGAAAGAGAAAGCUGAGAUUUUGUGCCAUUUCUCUUAAAAUAUUCAUCAGGUUCGCAGGGCUGGGCGGGAGAAGCUCCUAUGGGGAAUAGCAAUCUCCUCUGUCUCCUAGCUGAAAACCAGAAGGGGGAUUCAGACUGUGAAUAAAGUUGAGUGGUGGUUUUUAAAUUAUAAAGUGAUGCAAUGAAAGGUGCAUUAGGCUGAUGUUUUAAUGUCGAGCUCAAUUGUGAAGCCUAGCAGAAGUGCCAAGUAGAGUCCAGGACAGAAAGCAGCAAAAUGAAUUGCCCUUCAGACCAAGUGAUCCAGUGAAUUUGCUUUCACAGAUGUCGAUUUUCAAUUGUAUUCCCAACACGGGUGACUUCUUUUUCUCUUCAUUAGCAAGAGAUGACUAAUUUAAAUUUAGAACCUGAUUUUAAUUUAAAAUAAUAUUUCCAUUAAUAACCUAUUCAUUGCAGAUAUCUAUUAUACUGUGUAACAGUUGUUUUGGAAAUUUUAUGUAAAAUUAAAACUAUCAGUAUUUUACAGAUGUUUUAAUUAGACAUUGUUAUUAACAGGAACAGUGCAGAAACUAAAAUCAAGCCUUUAAUGUCUUAUAGACCAGGCAUUUUUGAAGUUAGUGUCCACCAGGGUCCUAUUAACUGUACAUUUGCAAGAUUUCAUUAUUUUUGCCUCUGACACUAUGGGAAAAAUCUUUUAGAAGCUAUUGGGACAGAUUCAGGCUUUUAUGUACUUGGUUACUACAGCUAUAAAAUGAAAUCUCGUCUUGUAGCAUGGAUUAUUCUUCUCAUGUUAAACCCACCCAAAUGAAGGGGACUAAAUAGGUAAUGAUUUUCCUAGCGCAUUUGCAUACUGUGAUAAUCCUGGGCCUUCACAAUUGUUUUACAGGGCUCUUGGGCAUUAAAUUAUUAGAAUGUAAUUGUA